AGUGGCAGUUAUUUUAAAGUUACAAAAGGAAUAACCAUUAAUAGGAUUAUUAUAAUUAAUAAAAUAAAUAUAACUUUAAUAUGAUGAGCUCACCACUUCAUGUUGAAAUUUUACAAAAACGAGAAAGUCUUGCAAGCAAGGACUACAUCAAAGAUAUUGUUCAUUCUUACUUGGCAAAUUUUAUUACGCUUAAUCCUGGCGUUACGAUCAAAAUCAAUGAAUUAGAAGAAAAUAAUAGUAUCAAAGAUCACGUACAAUCUAUAACAUUAUGUGACGAUGAACACGAUUCAGAAGUGGCUAUUACAGAAUGCGAGUUUGUAUACCAUGUAUAUCAAUUUGAUAUUUUCGGUGUGGAGACCGACACCAUGACGGAUGCUGCGUCUGGUGAAGAAAUUUCGGCAGCUGAUAUUUGGGCACUGCCAACCGAAGAAUUUCAUGGCUUGUGGGAAAGUCUCAUAUACGAUUCAAAACUUAAAGAAGAGACACUACGUUUUGUAGAAACUGCUUUUGAAUUUGCUGAUCGCCGCGUGGACCCCAAUAUUAUUAGUUGGAAUCGAGUAGUACUGCUACAUGGACCCCCGGGUACUGGUAAAACCAGCUUUUGUCGUGCCCUUGCCCAGAAACUAGCCGUACGUUUAGGACACAAGUUUCCGCGCGUACGUCUUCUAGAAAUUAAUGCCCACGGUUUGUUUUCUAAAUGGUUCUCUGAAAGUGGAAAGCUCGUUGCAAAACUAUUUGAACAUAUACGUGAAAUUGUAGAAGAUCAUAGUCUUCUUGCAUGUGUUCUCGUCGACGAGGUUGAGUCACUAGCACAUGCGCGUCGAUCGGCGCUCGCGGGCCUGGAACCUUCAGAUUCCAUACGUGCAGUGAACGCUAUACUAACUCAACUAGAUAGACUAAAAAGGCACCCGAACGCACUCGUCCUAACCACUUCCAAUGUGACAGGGGCGAUCGACCUUGCGUUCGUCGAUCGAGCAGACAUUAAGCGACGCAUUGGUCCACCUUCAGAACGUGCCGCUUAUGAAAUUUUACGGGGUUGCUGCGACGAAAUGAUGGCACGCGACGUGGUCACGCCCCGGGAGCAAUUGUUCGCGCUUCGCAUCCUGGAGGCGGUGCGCUUCGCGGACACGGAAGGGUCACGCGCCUCGUUGCGGCUGUGGGCCGUGGCGCGCGAGGCUGCGGCAGCGCAGAUUUCGGGCCGGGCUAUGCGCCGCCUGCCUUUCCUCGCUCGGGCACUGCACACUCGUGGUAAGCCAUCCCUUGCUCAGUUCAUAGAUGCAUUACAAACUGCUUUACAACAACAACUGAGUGAUGCCAGAGAACUAAAAGAUGAUUCUCAACUGCCAAAUUGUACUAAAUGCGAUCACUGAUCAAUUGUAAUAGUGAUAUAUAGACUGUAGUUACAUUUAUGUGAUAUAUUUGAAUACCAUAUUUAGCAAGUGUCAUUAAA